UGAAGUUGGGCUUCAUAAUAUCAUCGGCGAAAAAUAUGCCAGCAUUGUUAACAAGGAUGUCAAGUUUACCGAACAUCUGUAUUGUUCGCGCGACGAUUGUUUUCGCUUCCUCAUCCUUCGACACAUCAGCUUUGAUCACUAGAGGAUUCUUGUCGUAUUUAGCGCACUCUGAAGCUACUUUCGCCAGUUUCUCCUCGUUUCUUCCUACUAGAGUAACGUCAGCACCUUCUUUAGCAAACUGUAUAGCCGUUACUGCCCCAAUACCAUCGCUAGCUCCAGUAACUAUCACCACUUUAUUAGCAAAACUCAUUUUGAAUGGUGCUAGUAGUGGGAUAGGAGCAGCUGCUGCCAUACUCUUUGCUAAAGAAGGCGCCGAUUUGACGAUAGUCGGCAGAGACGAUGCAAAACUGGCAAAAGUUGCAGAAGAUUGUGGCAAAUUCGGCAAGAAACCCCUCAUCAUCAGUGCAGAUGUCACUAAAGAUGAUGAAGUCACCGCUAUCGUCGAACAGACCAUCAAAGUGUUUGGCAAACUUGACGUCCUUAUCAACAAUGCAGGCAUGAUCAAACCAGAUGACAUCUCACAUCCAAGUUUCAUGCAAAUCUUCGACGCUAUCAUGAACACUAAUAUGAGAGCUGUGGCUGUAUUAACCAACUUAGCAGCACCCCACCUAAAAGCAACCAAAGGAAGCAUUGUUAACGUAUCAAGUGUCGCAGCAACUCAAGUCAGUAUGCCGAGAUUUGCGUCAUACAAAACAUCUAAGGCAGCUCUAAAUCAUUUCACGCGAUGUGUCGCUUUGGAGCUAGCCCCACAUGGGGUUAGAGUGAAUUCUAUCAGUCCCGGACCUGUAUCCACAGAUUUGUUUGACAGGGCUGGUAUGUCCACUGCGUUAACUGUGUUGAAACAAGCCACUGCGUUGGAUAGAGUAAGUGAUCCUGAGGAAAUAGCAGAAAUGAUAUUACAUCUGGCGAGUGACAAAGCUAAGGGUGUUACUGGAUCGGAGUAUGUAAUUGAUAACGGAAUUUUGUUGAAAUGAAGUGACUGUAAUAUCUGUAAUAUUAAAAUAAAGUUUUUUAACUCAUGAA